AGUGGAGCGGGAUAGGAAAGGGGCGUGGCUUUCGUGACGCCAUCAGCCAAUGACCGCUGCAGGUCAGUGUGAGUGGCAGCUGCGCUGGCCAAUUGGAGCGGGGCUCAGCGCUACGCGGGCUGCAGGAAAGAUGGCAGCGCUCGCGGCAGCCUCGGUGUAUGAGCAACUGAAGGAGCUGCGCUGCCCCCUGCUGGACGGAGUUUUCCUGGCCGAGCCUGGGGCGGCCCUGGGGCUCCUCUGCGCCCCCUCGGCCCAGCGCCUGGAGCUGCUGGCCUGGCUCUGCGCCCGGUACCGGACCCCCCCGAGACCCCCCUCAGCGCCUAGCUGGGCUGGGCACGUCAGCCUGGCUCCUGCGGUGACGCUUUCUCCCCCUGGCCCCCAGAGCGACCCCCCCCUCCGGGAGCGAUUCGCCACCCUCACGGACUCGCAGACGGAGGAGAAAACUCAAGAAAUGGCCAAACUGGGCUCCGACCUGCUGCUGUGUCGAUCCGACGAGCUCGAUCUCAUUAAGGGAGAGGCCAGUGCCGAGCGGCAGCUCCGGUUCAUGGAGCAGCUGCUGGAUGUGAUCCGGUACCUGGACGCCAUCACUGGGACGGACUCUGGGGACUCGACCACCUCCAGCAGGGAGGAGUCGCUCCGGGGGGCGGCGAGGAGGAAUGAGGAGUUCCUGCGCGAGGUCUUCUCCAGCCCCAGCUUGCCGGCCUUGCUGGCCCCCAGCCUGCCCCCCUGCACCGCCGACAUCAAGCCCCUGCUGCUGGAGGAGCCAGCCCCCCACACGAGGAGCCGGCUGUCAGGGAGAUCCAGUGGGAAGACGCUGGCUGAGCUCUCCAGGACCCUGGAGGAGGCGAACGCCACACUGGAGCGGCUGAGCGCAGAGGGGCUGCAGGCGCUGGCCCAGCUGAGCGACACCUCGGAGCAGGUGGUGCAGACGGCGGAGCGGAGACACGGCGACGAAGGCACCGGCCCCCCAGCGACGCUGCCCGCGAAGAUGGAGGAGCUGCGCCGGCGCUACCAGGCCCGCCUGGCCGCUGCCGGGGGGCUGCCGGGGUGACCCCAGGACUGGGCUGGGGGGCUGCAGGGCCCCCAUCCCACAAGGGAGCUGCUGUCCCGCUGUUCCUGGGAUAAUAAAAGAGUCAUUAAUUAUCAA